AUGCGAGGGAGACUGGAGAGUCAGCAGCAGGCAUCUCCAGCCUCCACGGUGCUCAGGGUUCUUGCAGGACCUGGCCGGUCCCCAGGUCUGUGGUCUGUGGUUUGGUCAGAGAGUAAGCCUAGCAUUCCGUCUAGCAGAGUUUUCAGGAGCAGCUGCAUCCAGUUUGGGUUCCUGGAGAAGACCGCCUGCAUCCAAGAGUCACCUGCCACGCGGAUCCUCGCUUUGCUCUCAGGGGGGAGCGGUGCUGCUGCAGCCAAGCCCGUGUCGCGUCGUCGCCUGAAGCCUGGGGAUGGCAGCGAACAUCUUUUUUAUUGCACACAGAAAAAUAAAAAUCCUCCGCAAAAACAGUCGGCUAAGGAAGAAGCUGGGACUAGUUGGGCCCAAAGUGCUUUUCAGCUUCAGUCUCUUCUUACUGCUUCGACUCAUCACACAAGAUUUUAUAAAAUAGACCUUUACCUUCAGAAGAAAGAGAGCUAUGUGCCUCAGAAAUACGACAAUCUUCUCCUUCUGCUUUUAGACAGAGACCUAUUUAAGGAGCUGGGUAAAGACAGGUUCCAUAAUUGUUCCCUGCUGCUGAGAUGUAUCCAGAGGUUCUUCAGAGAUGACCCAAACCGAGAGGAGCCCUUGUUAAUUCAGCAGGGACUUACCCAAAAGAUGGUUGCCUGGUUUGACGAAAUAAAAACCUAUCUGAUGAGGAAAACCUAUGCCUUGAACGUACUGCUGAUUAAAGUUAUGGAAGACUUCCUCGAAACUGUACAGGUCAUUUCCAAGCACAGCAGGAAAGGGGCAAUCGAGAUGUUGGAUUCCUUCCUACUUAGUGUAGGAAACCUGGUGGCAAAGAGCAUUGUGACACCACCCAUUCAGCAGAAGGCUCUGGAGACUUUGAACUUCAUUUUGGCUGCUGUACCCAAGGAAGAGAGAAAACAGCUCUCCUCAGCAGAAGGCCCAUGCUGUCUUAUGAAAGAAUUGGCAAGGAAGAUCUUGACCGUGGGCGAUUAUAGCCAGCAGGUUGCUCUAAUAAAGACGUUGUGUAGAAUGACCGUUGAAACAGAGAAGAGGAAUGAACUUGCAAAUCAGUGGUUUGAGGAUCCACUCCUGGCUAAAGCUUUCAAAGAAGUUAAUCAUUUGUACUUUGACACGGACUGUCGGCUGUUUCUCAAUUUCCUGAAUGACAGGCUCGGUGACCAGAGAAGGGUCCACUCAUUUCCAUGCUUGGCUGCUUUGGCUGGUCCUCAUCAGAUGAGAAAACCAGAAGAUGAGGAAGAAGAAGAGAAAUUUUGGAUUGAUUUCAACCUAGGAAGCCAAAGUGUGACUUUUUACAUACACAAUUCGGAGAAUGCUCUGCGGGAUUCAGUAAAGCUUCAGAGGGAAGCAGUUUUCAACUUCAUCGUAAUAGACAAUGAUGGGAUGAAGCUGUUCAUCAUUUACCUGAAACAGCCGAUUAUUAUCAGCAAGAGAGAAGCAAGGAUAAUAGAAAUCUACUUUGAUAGGCAUUUUGACAUAUCAGAAGUUUCUGUCCAAGUUUUGGGAGAAGACAAACAGAUACCUACUUUGAUAAACACCGCCUCUGGCCUUGGAAAAGGUGGUGGUGAAAUUCCUAGCAGUCUUGAAAGACAAACAGACCGGCCGAGUGCAAGCUUGGCUCACAGACGUUAUCGGAGGUUUUGGGGUUCCUACCUUUUUUUUUUUCGUUCCAUGAAUAUAGAGCCUGCGGAAGAAGCCACAAUCCUGCUGCCAGAGUUUAUGGAUGCUGAAGUUGACCCGGAGCCUGCUGUGAGUAUAACAAAUAUGGAAGACCGCUCAGCUGGAAGCUCAAAACCAGAUGACCCCAGACAAGCCCUUACUUCAAAACAUGGGUAUUCUUCAGAUGUACGAGAGGUACGGACCCAAACUCAGGCAAUGGAAGAUUCUGCCUUGGAGAGGGACAGAGAACAGGACAGGAGAAUGCUGUUCAAUGAUAGGAAACAUUACAUCUUCGACAGUAAUGAAGAUUCAAGUUCAAGUCCCAGUAAACAAUCUCGUGUCCAGAGUCACAGAAGAAAAUCCCUAAAAACGUAUCCCCAGAAAAGAAAGCAGAGAUUCACCUCUAUAAGAAUCCUACCACUUUCCCCCAUCGGUAGAGGCAGUGCUCCUGAGAAAGUUCAAGCUGAGCUAACACCGAUACAGAAAGACAUCUCCAGGGGAAAUGAAACCACUCUUCCAAAACUUUCUGAAGCAAAACUGCAAGAUACUUCUAUGCUUUUAAUUCCCGAGGCAGCCACACAGGAAAUAGACAUUUCUACUUUAUCUCAAGAAGACGUGCCAGAAAGUGCAAACAGUUCUGCUUUAAAAUUGGCUUUUGAAAACUUCACCAGAGAUCUGAAAAGAAAAUUUGAGCACAAAGAGAUUCCACGUCCUUCAGAAAAGGCAAAGGAAGUGCCAGGUUGCCUAACAAGACUUUGGGACGAGAUACACAUGUCCAGACUGAACAUGCUGGAGAGGUUUCACAGCUCUGUUCUUCAGCAUCUGAGCAACUUGGAGAAGGAUCUUCAGACUCUGAAAUGCCUUGAGAAGGAUGUUCUGGAGUUUUGGGAGAAACAGUCGGCUGACUUCUAAUCAUUCUGUGAUCAGCAAGAACUGAGGCCCUUGGGAUGUACCACAAACUACAUUGUUUUGGUCUCUAGCAUUCAGCUUCAAGGAGUUAAGGAUUCCAAGCUUGGAGUGGUGGCUGUGAAAUGCCUCCUCCUCUGUGUGGGCCGGCGGGAGCGACAAAGACUGUUCCUAAAAUAG